AUGGGAGGUCUGUUUUUAUUAUCAUGGGCAGCAAUUAAGACUACAUUUGCACAAAAUACUACUGCAAGUCCCAACAACAGAUGUUGGCCAGGAAACAUUGACAACGACAACCUCAUCUUAAGUGGCCUUAAUGGAACGUUUGAGAGUCCAAGAGAUGCUUAUAAUUACUCCCAAUAUUAUCCAGGAAUGAGCUGUAACUGGUUCAUUACAGUACCAGAAGGGAACAUUGUAAAACUCAGCUUCGAGCUAUUCGAUAUGGAGUCUGUGGCUGCAGGUUUUCCUUUAUGGCGUUGCUAUGGUGAUUAUGUAGAGGUACUAGACGUGUACGGAAGUGACAGAAAGUUCUGUGGUGAGUCAAAUCCAGGGAUAAUCCGCUCGAGAAGUCGGUACAUGUGGGUGCGAUUCAGAUCAGAUUCCUCCUCCUCCUCGCAUCGAUAUCAUAAAGGGUUUAAGGCUAAAUUCACUGCAGAGAAUAAACUCAUUUGUCCUCGCUACGGUGAAGCACUUGCUGCUUCUGUAUCAGAUAAGAAGACACUGACGAGUCCAGGCUAUCCUCUCUUGCCUCCUGCCAGUUUGUUUUCAUGGUGUUGCAGAUGGAUACUCAAAGUACCGGAUGACCUUUCCACUGGUGGAGCAUAUGUAUUGAAAGUUAAAUUUAAUCACUUCAAUCUGCAAAAAAGUUAUGAUAGACUCACUUUUUAUGAUGGUAUCGAUUCAUCAUACAAGCGUCUUGGAAAAUCAUAUACCGGAACGGUCCAUCCUGAUGUGAUUUAUUCCACAGGACGCCACAUGUUUGUUGAUUUUUCUGUGGAAGAGAAAUACUUAUUGGAAGCAGGCAGUUUUAGUUUAAACUUUUCAGCCGUGGUCAGAGAGGAAGCCUUUGGAGCAUGCCAAUCGUCAGAAGGGAAUGCCGAACAUAUUCGCCCCACUGGUUCCUCUGGUACCCUCUUCUCCCCAUUCUAUCCUACUCCUUAUCCGAGAAAAGUCACUUGUAUCUGGGUGAUUUCCGUUCCUGCUAACAAAAGAGUGAAGCUAACAUUUGAUAAAUUUAAUCUUGAUCGGGAGGACAACGUGCGAAUACUUGAUGGGCAAAAGUCGGGGAGUGAAGAGGUAGCUGUUUACUACGGAUACAACUUGUUUAGUAGGGAGUCAGCGGUGUACUCGACUGGGGGGUACAUGCGGAUAAAGUUUCAAUCCAGUCAGGACUCUUGGAAUCAUACUGGAUUUAAAGCACGUUUUGAGGCUGUGGAACCGCCCGGAAGUUCCGAGCAGAGAUGUUUUCCGGGCAACAUUUACAACAACAACCUGACAUUAUCUGGUUACAGUGGAACUCUUCAAAGCCCAGAGGGAGGAGAAGGGUAUCUCUCUCACUCCAGCUGUAAUUGGCUCAUAGCUGUACCAGAAGGGUACUUUGUGAAACUUAGCUUUGACACCUUUCAAAUGGUUCAAGAUGGCAUCUCGGGAGGAUGUGAUGCAGAUUAUGUAGAAGUUGUCGAUGGGAAGUACAUCGAUGGUGAGAGCGAAGGAAAAAUGUGCGGUUUUGGUACCCCCGAUGACAUCUCCUCUACCGGUCGUAACAUGAUGGUUCUUUUCAGGUCUGGUCCAAUCAGAUCAUCUUUCAUGGGAUUCAAAGCAACAUUUACAGCGCUUCAUGAUCCAACAUCGAAAACUAAAGCUGUAAAUUCCAGCGAGUUAUGUUACCCGGAUAACGUCCACAACUUUGAUUUGAGGUUGACCGGAUCAGAAGGGAUUCUAGAGAGUCCGUUGACCUACUACCCACCGGGUUUACUUUGUGAAUGGCUCAUCACUGUACCCGAGGGACAAAGCGUUGAACUCAUCUUCGAGAGAUUUCAGUUGGAUCCUGGUUGCAGAGAUUAUGUGGAAGUUGGAGAUGGAAUGCCAUUGUCUGGCACAUCUUUGGGAAAAUACUGUGGAACUACAAUUCCCGAAAACGUUCGUUCAAGUCACCGUAAUCGUUAUAUGUGGGUUGAGUUCUACUCUGCCACAGAUUAUGCGGGUAGAAAACCACACAGAGGAUUCAAAGCCACCUUCAAGGCCGUAUCAAGUUCAGAGUCUCCUGCUUGGAUGACAGCCAUUAUUGUAACUGUCGCAGUGUUUUUUGCACUGAUAUUCCUUUACGUUUGCUUGGCUAAACUAAUUAAAAGGCGAAACAGAGAGGCAGCGGAGAGGUUUCCAAUGGCUAUAGUAUCACGCCGUACUCCGUCUGAACCUGUUGACACCACAACCCCUCAAGUAAAUCACGCUCUAGUUUCAACAAACGCAGAUAUACCACCCCCAGAUUACCCAUACCCGUUAGAAUCGCCACCACCCUACCCUGGUAAGGAACAGAUUCCACAGUUUCCACCUCCAGGACAGUCGUAUCCAUGGCAACAAAGUACACCGGCUGAAGAAUCCGUUACCCAUGAGAAUUUGUGA